AUGAGGAAGCCCCAAAGUUGGACUGGUGCCCCCCCCCUACAGCGCAGUGAGUCCUGGAGCUCCAGCAGCAGCAGUGGCCUGGUCCAGCCUCGAGUCUCAGACCAGAGCCGGAGGAGCAGCUUCCCCUUCCCACACACCAGCCCUAAGCUCUCAAAGAAGCGACACCAGGAAGGGAGAACUGCACACACGUCUCACACCAGUGACGCGCAUCAGAAGAGGUGCAGAUCUUCUGGGAGCGACGACGGCGGCGCCAACAAACGCUGCCCCCCCUCUCCAGCCACAGACAGAACCGUGAGACCCGUGGCAGCUAACGUCCUGCACCGACAGACUCCCACAACCCCUGACAAGCUCCCUCCCUCGUGCCCACACAAGUCUGGCGUUAAUCAACUUUGUAUUACAUUUAUCAACGAUGAUCUGGUGAAAAUCUGGCCGCCGUCGGGGAAAAGUGAAACCGUGACCAAAACGCACAAAGAGUCCAAAAAGGAGUCGCACAGAAGCAGCUCCGACAGGCAUCGCUCGGCUCACCACGACGGCACCAAUGAACCCGCAGACUUAAACUGCAACAAUGCGAAGGCCAGCGCCGGGCCGAGCUGCCGCAAGCUUCACCGUGUCAAAAAGCCAUCGGUGAUGGACGAUUUAAGUGACCUGUUCGCACCAGAUCCCGUUAACACCGGCAAGGCCCACAAAGCCACGCCAGAAGACAAGGAAAGGAGCAAGAAAAGCGAGACCACGCCCUUGAGGCGUCUCAGUCUACCUGCUAAAAAGGUUUCGCGGUAUGCAAAGGAGAGAGAGGAGAGGAAGAAGAAGCCAAAUGCUGGAGAUUCUCUGGACCUGGACUUGGACCUGGACCUGGAUCUGGACCUGGAUCUGCACUCAGACGGUGACAGCAGCGUCAGCGAGGAUGAGCCUCUGGUGUCCCUCCAGGAGAUCAUGAGCAAGAGCAAGGCCCCUGACAGGCCAGAGAGAGGCCCCCCCCCUGGGCCCGCCCCAGGCUCCAGCGACCACACCGGCGACCACAGCAGACGGCAGGAGCUGUCCUCUGUGAAGACUGGAACCUACACCAACAACCUGGACCUGAUGCUGCAGGAGAUCAACCGCAAGAACAGAGCUAAAGGGACAGCCACGGAGCUCCUCAUGUCCUGUCAGGAGAACCUGCUCAGGAUCGCAGAGUUUGAGGAGCCAGAGAUGAACGAGGAGGAGCCCCUGUCCACGGAGCACCAGCAGAUGCUACAGAGGUAUUCCCUGUGUUCCAGUGCCAUCAGAGAAGUGGCUCCUGGACACAACGUCUUCGAUCUGGAGAAGUUUGGACGUUUCUUCACCCAAGACUCUCUGCAGCUGAGGAACUGUCGUCUGGAGCCGCAGGGCGUGGCUCAGAAGACGCUGCUAUGGUCCAGUCACGCUCAGUUCAAAACCCAAGUCCACAUCGGGCUGUUCCAGGAGGCCUUCCUGCACUCCCCCUGCCCUGCCCCAAUCUCACACUUCCUCUUCAAGAUGAUGUGCGUCCACAGUGACUUCCUGUUGUCGGUGAACAUCCUUAAGAUUCUCAAAGACAUCACUUACUCUGCUGCUGAACACUCAGUGAGAGGCAGUUCCAGGGUCCGUGUGUGGGUUCCUUCUGUAGCAGACGUGGCCCUUGUGUUCCUGAACAUGGGAGUCUCCUUUGAGUCUCUGUUUCCUGUGGAGUCUCUGCAGCCGUCCUUCUCUGAGGCAGAGCUACUUGAAGACGUCCACAUUCAGAGCGAUGGUCCUUCACACCGAACACCCGCCACUUUUCCUGAACACAACUGCUGCAACUUGUUCAAGUUCUUGUGCUGCUGCUGUAGGUUGUGUACUCGCUCCUUCUCUGACAGUGACCUGUGUGUGCUGCUGUCGCUGCUGUGUUCUGUGGCUCUGGACUCUCACCUCGUCCUUAGUGAGGCCAGUGUGGAGCUCUACCCCCUGCUCUACACUCUGCUCAAAAACAUCCGCCACUGGGACCUCAUGAUGCCUAAACUGUGUGUGUCUCUGACGGAGCUCACAGACGACCACCACAACAUGUGUCACCUGGUUCAGAUGUUGCCAGACCACAGCCGCGGGAAGACCCUGCGGCGCCACCUGAGCCUCGCCAUGAUCUCCAAACUGCUGGACGAGCGCUGUGCGUACAGACCUCACACUGCAGAACUGCAGUUGUGUGAGUUGACGCGGUACGUGAGGAGGAUGAAGCCCUCGUCUCUGGAGCGUCUGGUGCGGAGCAGAGGACAGGACGCCCUGAUCCUGGAUCAGCAGGUGUACUAUCUCUGCUACAGCCUUCUGACUCUGACAAACGAAGCCACCAACAUGCAGUGGCUCCAGGCCGAGCAGAAGGAACAUCUGAUGGUUCUGUGUUCUGAGCUGGAGCGCCACGUCAAGUGCCACAUCCGAGAGAGCGAGAAGUGUCUCUACCGCAGUAAGGUGAAGGACCUCGUGGCGAGAAUCUACACAAAAUGGCAGCUUUUACUCCAAAAGUCGAGACCUCUGAAUGGGAAACUCUACGACUACUGGCAGCCACUGCAAGGCGACGCUGGGGGACGCCAAGACAUCCAGGAGAUCUCAUCCAGUCAGAACGGAGCAGAGGAGGAGGAGGAGGCGGAGGAGGCUGGUUCACCACACGACAUGGAUGAGGACAUGGAUGAGGACAUGGAUGAGGACAUGGAUGAGGACAUGGAUGAGGACAUGGAUGAGGACAUGGAUGAGGACAUGGAUGAGGACAUGGAUGAGGACAUGGAUGAGGACAUGGAUGAGGACAGGGGCACAGAGAGACAGACGGGGCCCCCUCCCGGCCCCCCUCUUCCAGCCCCCAACAGAAGCUGA